CCGCCGACCCGGGGAACAUCCGCGCUGUCAGCGCGCGCGGCCUCCGCGGGGGAGGCUGCUCGGGGCCGGGUGGAGGCCGGGGAAGGAGUCCCUUCCCUUAUCUCUCCUGGAACCAGACAGACAGGCCGCCCGGGCGGCCCGCCCGACGCCGCUCCCCAGGCUGGGCGCACGCGCCCAGCGUCCUGCCCCGAGGCCGCGGCGACAGCACUCCCCGACCCUCAGCCUCCGGGUGCUGCGGAGGCUCCGGGGCGCGCAAGGGCCGGUGCUCAUCGCCCCUCGGCUACAGUCGGGGGCGUAGCCCGGACUCCGGACGCCCCAGGGCCAGUCCGGAGAGGCGCGUGGAGCCGAGGGAGGCUGACGCGGGGACCCCCGCCGGGUCCGGCCCCGCGCCGCGCCCACCCCGUCCCCUACCCCGCCUCGGUCUGGCCACUCGCGCGCUCCCCGCUGCACUCUCCGCGCUGCCUCGGGAUCUCCCUCCUCCCCGCCCCUCGCCGCCCCGGGCUCGCGCGCCUCGCGCCCCUCCUCCCCCUCGCGCUCCCCCGCCCUCCCCUCCCGCGGGGCAGUCCGGGCCCGCAGACCUCCGCGCGGCGGCGGCGGGGACGCGCGGGGACUGCCCAGGCCGGCGGAUGGAGUCGAGCGGCGGCAGCGCGGAGGCCCCGGGCCGCGGCCCGCGGGUGCUGGUGGUGGGCGGCGGCAUCGCGGGGCUGGGAGCCGCCGAGAGGCUCUGCCGCCACCCGGCCUUCUGGCAGCUGCGGGUCCUGGAGGCCACGGCCCGCGCCGGCGGCCGCAUCCGCUCGGAGCGCAAAUUCGGUGGCGUGGUGGAGAUGGGUGCGCAGUGGAUCCACGGCCCCUCCAAGGGCAACCCCGUCUUCCAGCUGGCUGCCCAGUACGGGCUGCUGGGGGAGAAGGAGCUGUCGGAGGAGAACCAGCUGGUGGAGCUCGGGGGCCACGUGGGCCUGCCCUCCGUGUCCUACGCCAGCUCCUGGCAGCGCCUGAGCCUCGAGCUGGUGGCAGACAUGGCCAGUCUCUUCUACAGCCUGCUAGACCAGACCCGGGAGUUCCUGCACGUGGCCGAGACCCCCGUCCCCAGCGUCGGCGAGUUCCUCAGGAGGGAGAUCGGCCAGCAGGCGGCUGAGUGGACAGAGGACGAGGAGACGAGGAAGCUCAGGCUGGCGGUGCUGAGCACGUUCUUCCACCUGGAGUGCUGUGUCAGCGGCACCCACAGCAUGGACCGGGUCGCCCUCGGGCCUUUCGGGGAGUACACCAUGCUGCCCGGGCUGGACUGCACCUUCUCCGGGGGCUACGAAGGCCUCACAGGCUGCAUCCUGACUUCUUUGCCCAAGGAUGUCAUGGUUUUCAACAAACCAGUGAAGACCAUCCAUUGGAACGGGUCCUUCCGAGAAGAGGCGGUUCCCACGGAGAUGUUCCCGGUGCUGGUGGAGUGCGAGGACGGGGCCUGCUUCGCUGCGCAUCACGUCAUCCUCACUGUGCCGCUAGCCUUUGCGUGCUCUGGAAUUAAGGGUUUGACCAUAAGAGAAGAGCAAACGAGCAGAUGUUUCGUUGGUUGGGUGGUGGCUGGAAAGGAUGGGAACUGCCUUUGGAGGGGAAGCCAGGUGCACCUUCCUGGAGCCAGGAAACAGGCUUCCUUAAAGAACAUCUGGACACCUUCUUUCAGCCGCCGCUGCCCCCUGAGAAGGCAGAAGCCAUUGGGAGAAUGGGCUUUGGGACCAACAAUAAAAUCUUCCUGGAGUUUGAGGAGCCCUUCUGGGAGCCGGAAUGCCAGUUCAUCCAGGUGGUGUGGGAGGACAUGUCGCCGCUGGAGAAUGCCCGCCUGGAGCUGCAGGACGCCUGGUUCAAGAAGCUUGUGGGCUUCUUGGUCCUGCCGGCCUUUGAGAGACCCCCGGCUCCCGGCGCCCAGGAGCGUGCUGCGGUCUCGCUGGCACAGUGCCCCCUACACCCGGGGCUCCUACAGCUACGUCGCCGUGGGCAGCACUGGGGACGACAUCGACACGCUGGCCGAGCCCCUCCCUGCAGGCGGCACAGGCACCCAGCUUCAGGCAUUUUCGGUUGACUUCUCACUGCAGGAGAUGAGGUUGCAGCUUCCUUUCACUCCUUUGCCCACCCCGACUCCCAAACACUCUCCCACCAUCCCCCGAACAUUCACCUGCUCCUGUUUGCUCAGUAAAUGCUAUUCACAGCUGAGCACUGAGAAUGCGAUGGUUUCUUUUCAUGCCCAUUUGUGGGUGGGAGAGUAUGUGAGUGUGCACACAUGUGUUAUUGUGAGUGCACACGUGUGUGUGUGCAUGUGAGUAUGCAUACACAUAAGCAUGAGUAUGUGUGUGAGCAUGUUUGAGUGUGUUACCGUGAGCAAGAGUUUGUGUGUGUUUACAUGGGUGAGUGUGCACGAGUGGGAGUGUGCAUGCACGUGUGGUGUGAGCAUGUGUGAGUGCAAGUGCGUGUAAGGGGGUAUGUGUGUGAGUGCACAUGUGUGUGUUUCUCACCCACUCUGCUAGUGUAGUCACUCAUGGGCUCGGGCUCCACCAGCCUCAGCUGCUGGAAGACACGGCUGGAGCCUGCAGGGAGCUGCCGCCCCACGCCCGGCCGGCUCUGGCCCUGGGCUCUUCCUCCCACUCCCUGUGCAGUGCCCCCCGUACUGCUUCCCGCUCUGGCCCCGAUCCUGUGCUCUGCAUCACCCCUCUUGGGCAGCUCCUUUGCUUUGUGGCAGCAUUUAUUCCAGUAGCUUCCUGAGAAAGGCUUGCAAGGGAGGUAAACUUUUAGGGACCUCAUACAUCUGAAAAUGUCUUGUUUCUACUUUUACACCUGAUAGUCUGGCCAGCUGUCACCAUUGAUAUUGCAGUGCAAUAAAUUGCCCCAAAACUUAGUGGUGGAAACAACCAUUAAGCUGAGAGAUUCUGUAGGUCAGAAAUUCAGACAGGGCACAGUGGGGAUGCCUGGGGUCUCGGCUGGCUUGGAAUCACCCGGGGCUCCGCCACCCACCUGCUCACCCCUGGACCGGGAGGGCUGGAAGCCCGGCUCAGCUGCGGCAGCACCUGCACGCGGCCCCUCGGUGGCUUGGCCUUCCUCGUGGCCUGGAAGCCUUGGCAGCCACGCCCCGGCUCGGGCGGCUCAGGGCUCCAGCACGCGGGUGCCAUUUGGUGGCCUGGUGGUCAGGAAGCACCACUUCUGUCCCCACUCUCCACUGGCCGAAGCGGUUGCUAGCCUCGAUUCAGGGAGGGUGGCCUAGAUCCCACCUCUGCAUGAAAGGAGUGUCAAAGAAUUUACAGCCAUUGAAACCCCCACACUGGGUAUGAAACUUUACUGGGAGCCGUGUCCCUCGGGUUUUAAAGGCGUUCUCCGGUGUUGCUGUUGGGAAUCCAAGGCAUUCAGAUUCCUUUCCUCCUCAUGCCGCCUGAUUUUUCAAGCCUCUGAGGAAGCUCAGAAUGCACAGGGUUAAGCACCAACAGUCAGAGGCUGAGUCUGAGUCUGACCGCCUUCUAAGUUCCAUACACGCAUGAACUCAUUUCACACAACUUGCUUUGCACCGAAUGUUCUGAAAUCUCACCAGGAAAUGCCUUCCUUCUUUGUGCUAAGCACUUGGUCAACCCUUUUGAUCUGGAAAUUCAUGUUCAUUAGCUCAGGAAAUUCUCCUGAAUUAUCUGAUGCACUUUCCAUUUUUUUUCUCUCUUUCUGGGAUUUCUGUUAUUUGGAUGUUGGAAUUCUGGACUAGUCCUCAUAUUGUCUUAUCUUUUCCUUCAUAAUUUCUCUCUCUGAUUUUCUUGCUCUACCGUGCCUUCCAGUCCUUCUGUCGAGUCUUUAAUUUUGCUCUCUUGUUUAAUUUCCAAGAGCUCUUCUUUGCUCUCUGGGAGUUCCUUCACUGUUUGCAGCAGCGGUGGUAGCUGGUGCUUGUUGCAUGUUCACAGCAGAGGGUGAUUAAGUGACAAUUGAAACCACUUACUGGUCCUCAGUUAAGUAUUAGGUUUGAGAGAAUCUGAACCACAGUAGUGACAUCUUCAUGCUGAGAAAGGACCUGAGCACAUCUGCUAGCUUAGGAGCGUGUUGCAAAAGCUAACUGUUCACAUAAUUUUGGACGAGUUAGAAUUUCAGGUUCGUUGUACUGAUAAGUUUGAUUUGGCAGCAAGCAGAAGGAAUAUGGCUUGCGGCCUGGCCCGGGCAUCCACCUCCUAAU